CCGCGGUGCCCUCACCCUUCGUGCCCCCGGCUGUUCGCCCCACCCCGGCCCCCGGGGCUUCCUGGCCGGCCCCUCCCCCACCGCCGCCGACCCCUUCCCUCCUGGCCAGCCUCUGCUACACACUGGGAAGCAAGCUGGUAGCCUGCACCGCAGACCCAGAGCCUGCAGCCCGACAUCGGGGGGGCCUGCACUCCGAGAUUGGAUCCAGGGAUCUGGAAACAGGGACCCCAAGACUGGAGUCUGAACACCAAUAUCUGGGGCUGGAAUCUCAAUAUCAGUCGCUGAGAACCCAAUAUUUGGAACCCGAGCCCCAAGACUUGGAUUAUGGAUCCCAACAUUUGGAGCCUGAACCUCAAGAUUUGGAAUCUAAAACCCCCAAUCUGGAGCUAAACUGACUUCUGUGUCUGAGACUUUGAAAUCUGGGAUGGGAUUCCUGUGUCUAUUCCCCCAGAAUCCACUACUUGGGACCCGAACCCUGAGAUUUAGGCCUCAAAUUCCAAGAUCUGUACCCUGGCAUUCCAAGGGGCCUAAACCUGAGUUCUGGCCUGAAGUCCUUGCUGCAAACCUGAAUGCUGAAAUCUGGGACUAGAGACCUCCAAAACUUGACUUAGCAACUCAAUAACUGAACCCAGCACCCCAGUUCCAGACCCCAGGACUGGACUUAGGGCUUAGACCCUAAACUCUCCAUUUGGCUGUUUUGCAUCCCAAGUCUAGAGCUGGGUGACCCUGACUCUGAACAACCUAAAGCGGUGCCUGAGUCUCUAAAACUGGACCCUAGCUGCCCAAUAUUUGUCUAGAGACUCCAUGACCACAUAUAUAAGCUGAAACACGAGGAUAGUCCCUCUACAGAGGCCUUGGGGACAGGAAGGAGCGACUAAGCACCCCCUCCAGAGUCCUGAUCUUUGACCCCCUGGGAGCCUGAAGACUCUGCUCCCUGGGACGUCUCCAACUCAGGCCAACCCUGCCCGAGAUGGCCAUCCUCCCGCUGUUCCUUUGCCUGCUGCCGCUGGCCCCUGCCUCAUCUCCACCCCAGCUAGCGACAUCCAGUCUGUGUCCCCGUCGCUGCCGCUGCCAGACACAGUCACUGCCCCUGAGUGUGCUGUGCCCAGGGGCAGGCCUCCUGUUUGUACCACCCUCGCUGGACCGCAGGGCAGCCGAGUUGCGCCUAGCGGACAACUUCAUCGCGGCUGUGCGCCGCCGUGAUCUGGCCAACAUGACGGGCCUGCUGCAUCUGAGCUUGUCACGUAAUACCAUCCGCCAUGUGGCAGCUGGUGCCUUUGCUGACCUUCGCGCCCUGCGUGCCCUGCAUCUAGAUGGUAACCGGCUGACCUCACUGGGCGAGGGUCAACUGCGUGGCCUGGUCAAUUUGCGCCAUCUCAUCCUGAGCAACAACCAGCUGGCAGCCCUGGCAGCUGGCGCCCUGGACGACUGUGCCGAGACACUUGAAGACCUCGACCUCUCCUACAACAACCUGGAACAGCUGCCCUGGGAGGCUUUGGGCCGCCUGGGCAACGUCAAUACAUUGGGCCUCGACCACAACCUGCUGGCUUCUGUGCCUGCUGGCGCCUUUUCCCGCCUGCACAAGUUGGCACGGCUGGAUAUGACCUCCAACCGCCUGACCACCAUCCCACCUGACCCGCUCUUCUCCCGCCUGCCACUGCUAGCCAGGCCCCGGGGGUCACCUGCCUCUGCCCUGGUGCUGGCCUUCGGUGGGAACCCCCUGCACUGCAACUGCGAGCUGGUGUGGCUGCGGCGGCUGGCGAGGGAGGAUGACCUUGAAGCCUGCGCCUCCCCGCCGGCUCUGGGUGGCCGCUACUUCUGGGCUGUGGGUGAGGAGGAGUUUGUGUGCGAGCCCCCUGUGGUAACUCACCGCUCACCACCCCUGGCAGUGCCUGCUGGUCGGCCAGCUGCCCUGCGCUGUCGGGCUGUGGGGGACCCUGAGCCCCAUGUGCGCUGGGUAUCACCCCAGGGCCGGCUGCUAGGCAACUCGAGCCGUGCUCGCGCCUUCCCGAAUGGGACGCUGGAGCUGCUGAUCACUGAGCCGAGUGAUGGAGGCAUCUUCACCUGCAUUGCGGCCAACGCAGCUGGCGAGGCCACGGCUGCUGUUGAGUUAACUGUGGGUCCCCCACCACCCCCUCAGCUAGCCAACAGCACCAGCUGUGACCCCCUGCGGGACGGGGAUCCUGAUGUCCUCACCCCACCUUCUGCUGCCUCUGCCUCUGCCUCCGCCAAGGCAGCAGACACUGGGCCCCCUGCUGACCGUGGUGUCCAGGUGACAGAGCACGGGGCCACGGCUGCUCUCGUCCAGUGGCCAGACCAGCGGCCUGUCCCAGGCAUUCGCAUGUACCAGAUCCAGUACAACAGCUCAGCCGACGACAUCCUCGUGUACAGGAUGAUCUCAGCCGACAGCCGGUCCUUCCUGUUGACAGACCUGGCGACGGGCCGCACCUACGAUCUGUGCGUGCUAGCGGUGUACGAGGACAGCACCACGGGGCUGACGGCCACACGGCCUGUUGGCUGUGCUCGCUUCUCCACAGAGCCCUCACUGCAGCCCUGCGGGGUCCCGCACGCACCCUUCCUGGGCGGCACCAUGAUCAUCGCGCUGGGUGGUGUCAUCGUGGCCUCAGUGCUGGUCUUCAUCUUCGUUCUGCUCAUGCGCUACAAGGUGCACGGUGGCCAGCCCCCCGGCAAGGCCAAGGCACCUGCACCCGUCAGCAGCGUUUGCUCCCAGACCAACGGCACCACACAGGCCCCGUCUGCUCCCGAGCCCUCCGCACUGAGGGCCCACACCAUGGUCCAGCUGGACUGUGAGCCCUGGGGGCCCAGUCACGAACCCACAGGACCCUAACCUCGUGCCCACCAAGGGGUGGCAGGACCUAAGCACCCUGUGGGACCUGGCCUCAGACUCGCCAAAUUGUUCAUGGUUUUUAAAACUGAUGGGGAGGGUGUCAGGGGCACUGAGGGGCACAACAAGAAAGUCCUAUUUUUCUAAGCUUGGGCCUGGGCCCUUGCCCUUGUCUCUGUCUGUGGGAGUUGGGAUUACCAUGCAGGGUCUGGAGCUGGGGAUGCCUCUUCUGGGGAGAGAUCCAUCUAGUUCUGUCCAAGGUCCCUGGAUGUGGCUGAGGACCCAUUCCUUAAGCGUCGUCUGUGAGCACGCCCUGUGAUGGGUGAUGCUGUGGUGCCUCUGACAGCCCCAGCUAUGCCUUCAGGGAAGGUCAUGAGGGAAUCCUGGGAGACUGUGGGAGCCCAGAAAAGGUGCCUGACUCAGCCUAGGAAGGGCUUCGGGGAAGAGACAUGGGACCUGAGAAUUAUCUCUGGAGGAGAUAAUUGGCCAAGAGCAGAGGAAAGGGUGUUCCAGGCAGAGGGCACAGUACAACUAAGGACUUUGUAAGUGCCAGACAUUGGGGUACUGUGAUAGAGGAGAGGUAGGAGGGGUGAGCAGGGUCCAAGCUUUCCAGGUGGCCAGAUAGUAUUGGGAAGCCAUGGGAGGCUUAAUGCAGAGGAGGACAGCAUCAGGUUUGGGCUGUAGGAAUAUCCUAGCUACCAUGGGGAAGGUGGACCAGAGGAGAAGACUGAAGUAAGGAGCCCAGAUGGAAGCCAGGUUAAGGACUAGUAUAAGUAAGGACAAGACUGGACCAGGGCAGGAGGGCUGGGAAAGCAGUUAAGGUUGGAUGAGAAUGACACUUAGGAGGCUGAGUGGCUGAGUUAUGGAGCUGAAGAACCAUGGGGGAAGGAAGUGUCCAGGAUGAAGCCCAGGGCCCUGGCCAGGGAGGGGACAGCGGAGCUGCUAUGAUACUGGACCAGGGAGAAGGCGCAGAUUUGGGGAAGAUACCAAAGCUAUUGUGGGACUUGGUGGAUAUGGAAUACCCAGAGAGCAUCCAGAGGGAGAUAGUCAGGGGUCCUCGGCCUCUGGGAGUUUUCAUGUCUAAGGGACAAAGAAAAGCCUAGACUAAAAAAGACUAAACGAGCAGCAGGUGGCAGGACAUAGUGAAGCAAACUGGGCAAGUCAGAUCCAAGUUAUUCUUGUGUUUAAUGAUAUCAAGGCUGCUGUGAGAGUAGUGUUAGGGGUUUAGUUGGACAGAUGUCAGACUCCACUGAUUUGAAAGUAGGAGGUAAGAAAGUGUAGAGAGGGAGUGUAGACCUGCCAUUCUGUGAGCCUAGAUCCUGGUUCAGGUUGAUCUGGAUCUUUCUGCAUAUCUCUCCAGCGCUGGUCCUCACUGUCUUGAACUGCCCUAGGCUCCCCUCAUAUACCAAGAGGUUCGGAGGACCAAACCCUGGCCUUGGAAAUAUCAGGUCUCAUAGGAGAUCCAGGAAUGGGAUUAGCAGUAAGAGGAAUAGUGCUCCUUGAUCUCAGGCUACCUCUAGUGGUGGGUGCAGAGGCAGAGAUGUGGAGAGAACUUGGGUCCUAUCAGUAUUCUCGGGAGUGAUGCUGAUGUGAGGAGCAGGGUGAAGUGGGCCCAAGACCCGACUGGCUGUUCUCAUGAUGUAGGGCACCACAGCUUUGUCGGUGGGUGUAGGCCUUGGAAAUGGCCUUCCUUGGCCGUGGAACACCUGAAUCCCAGGGAUCUGGCCUGACUCCCAAGUCCUCCAGCAGCAUCAUUAGGUCCUUCCUCUUGUUAUCCUUAGGGGGGCUGAGGUCAGGAGCAGCCAUCAGGGACAGUGAGAUAUCUUGAGAAAAAGGCCUACGGAGGAGCAGGUUUGGAUACCUAGAGCCAGUUGCUGCCAUGAGGGGGAGCCAGAGUGCACUGUUCCUCAACCCUGUUUUUAAGUUAUUGUGUGCCUACUUGUGCUACAUGCUGGGGAUACAGGCCUGUCCUGCCCUCAUUUACCUCACCAUUUGAUGGGGAAACAAAUGUUAAGUAAUCACAAAAGCAGGUGUAAGCAUCGGUGAUGACAAGUGGGGUCAUGCAGGAGAGAUCCAUGCAACUGAGAGACCUGACCCAGGAAGGGAGUUUGAGGGAGGUUUCCUGGAAGAAAUGAUGCCUCAGCUGAUCUGGUUGGAGCUAACUACACAGCGGGUGGAAAGGGCAUUCCAAGCUAAUGGAACAGCAGGUACAGAAGUCCGGGAGCUAAGGGAUGCAUGUGCUGGAGUAUGGUGGGGAGAAGGAAGUGAUGCAGUGUUGAGACAGGAGAGUAAGAAGGGGACAGAUGAUGCAGGCUACUGGGAGAGUCUGGAUUUUAUUCUAAGUGGCAUGAGAAGCCAUUGGAAGGUUUUGAGCAGUGAGGAGAGUUGUCCUUUUUAAUCCUAAAGAAACUCCAGUGGCAGGUCUGUUUUGCAUGUGGGAACUAAAGUAAAGCAGGGAGACCAGGAAGGAGGCUAGUGUAAUGGUCCAAGCAGAACAUGUGGGGGCUGAGUGGAUGGAUUGAAGAGAGAGUUGAGACUACUUUCCCAGAAGUCUCCAUCCUCUAUGCAAAUGAGGAUAGUCUGGAUCACUACCCCGCUACCUUUUCAGGCAAGAUUGCUAAGACUGGGAAAGAAAGAUCCAUUCCUUAGAUGGGGGAGCUGACCUCUCUGUAGAAUAGAAAUUAAUGACCUUUUCCAUGUUCAAGUACCAGGCAAACAGUAGAUCGAGGCUCUGCAAGGCAGAGGCUGUGGCUGGUUGUGGGGGAUGUGAACACAGGAAAUGUGGGCCCAAAAGGGGGACACACCUGGUGGUAACUUAUUGCAUGACUGGAAGCAGGGAGGAGGAAAGGAGGUAUAUAGGAUAGGCUGGUCCUUCCAGCAUGCCCCCUCCCCCCCCGCCAGGCGCCCCCACAGGAUGCCUGGACCAUCUCUCACUCCCAUGCAGAGACAAUACAAGUGGACAUGUACCUAGAAUUUAAAGUUAAAACAUAGCUUGUCCAACACUGCCUACCUAAGUCCACCAAUUUCCUGAGCUCAGGGAGUGCUACUCCUUCACUGCCCAGCCCCAUGUGGCUUUGAAAAUGCCUGCACAUUUUUGAGACCAGCUUUCUUGGUGCCAAAGUGCCACGAUACUGGAAGCAUUUUCUUCAAGUGACUAGUUCUGAUACCAGGACUUUGUGUGCUGCCCAAUCCAACCCAUGUGCUGGGUGUGGCUAUUCCAACACAGGUGGAGUGUCUGGGCAUACUUGUGACCUCUGGCAAGGCCUCAGCUCAUGCCAAGUUUUUUCAGCUCUUUACAUGGACACAUAUGUGGGAGAAUCAGAAAAAGGGGUCAUCUCUUCUGGGUUGAGCAUGGCUCCUGCUUUUAAUCCCUUUCUGGUGCCUGUGCUGUUUCAUGCCACACGAAAGC